AUGCCUUGCGCAGACGUCGCUGACGCGAUUGUUGAAACGGCACGCGCCACUUUGAUUCGCGCAAUGCAGCUCAUAGAGCAAACCCAGAAGUGGAAAGCCCGCGUACUGUAUGGGGACACGGACUCGAUAUUUGUUCUUUUAAAGGGAAGAUCUCUCGAGGCUGCGUUUGCUAUUGGCAAGGAGAUUGCCGAUGCCGUCACGAGGAGCAAUCCAGCACCAAUUACACUGCAGCUUGAAAAGGUGUUUUUGCCAUGCUGUUUGGUCACGAAGAAAAGGUAUGUCGGGAAUGCCUACCUGUCACCUUCUGGACCGCCUACGUUUGAUGCAAAAGGCGUGGAGACCAUCCGCAGAGAUCAGUGUCCCCUUACAUCGGCCCUUCUGGAGAACAGUUUGCGCACUUUCUUUCUAACCCGAGAUCUUUCUAAGGUCAAACAAUUGCUUUGUAGGCAAUGGAGCAAGAUAUUACGAGGCCAAGUACCCAUAAGCCACUUCAUUUUCCACCGAAAGGCCAAACUCGGAACAUAUCGCGCCGAGACGGGAGACGCCCCUGCAGGGACACUUCCUCCCCAAGCCAAAGUGCUGUAUGAAAGGCUGCAUCAGCAGGGCAGCACAGGAGGGUGUGCUGCCGAAACUUAUGGCAUGCGGGUUCCCUUUGUGUUUUCCCAAGUAGCAGGAGACACAGAUGUGCCUCUCGGUGCCUCUGGGGCGGCGCACAAAGGAGUUUCGUCGCGGCUUGUAGAUUGCGCUACAGCUCCUGAAAAUGUUUGGGGUGGUCGGAGGGACCACAAAGCGGUGCAAGCGCUGCUGAGGGGACGGGUGCAACCCUCUAUAAAGCCUCUCGCGCUGUUGCUGCAGCCAGAAGAGGAUCUGCAUGAACAGCAUGAGCAGCAGCAGCAGCAGCAUCCAGUGUCAUAUCUGCAUUACCGUUACUAUAUCAUGAAGCAAAUUAUACCCGCAAUUGAUAGGCUUUUUUCUCUUUUGCCCCCCCCAGCGUCAGUAGACCUGCUGCAAUGGUUUAGAGACAUGUCGAAGCCAGCACAGCCGCUCUCCGCGUUAACUAUUUGCCGAGCAACCGCUCUACCACAGCAGCAACAGCAGCGACACCAGCAGCAAUCCUUGUUGCAGCAACUUGGUAUACGGUCACUAACAGCAGGUGGCUCAACAAGGGAGAGGUUGGUGUUGCAGCGCUUCUUUGCAGGAGCUUCUUGUUUGUUCUGUGGUAGCAGAUGCAGGCAGCUUGGGCCUACUUGCUUGUCUCCAUCAUACAAAGACAUCAUUAGUCCACUAGAAAAUAAGCGGAGGAAAAUCGGGCGGUCCCUUGCGGAAAUCGAGGAGGCAUCUACCCGAAGUAACCUUAUUCGGCAGUUGCUGCAAAAGGGUUUCGGCAGCAGCAGUAGUAGCGACGACGCAGAACGAGAUGAGCCUGACCAUCACAAGCUAUCGAAAAUUAGCGAGGGGAGAAGAAAGACGACGGACUUAACCAAGAGAGAAGUGGUCUUAGUGCCUCCCCCUGUCUGCAAAGAUUGCAGCAGCAGCCCGGGUCUAGUUUGCAUGCGGCUUUACCAGAAGCUUAACAAAGUUGAACGGAGACUUGCAGCAGCAGCAGAUGUAUGCAGACACUGCGCCGGGUCCAGGCUUUGCGCAGAGAGCUGCUUGCAUGCCUGGCAUUGCGACGUCUACUACAGGAGGAAUGCGGAAGCUGAAAAAUUGAAGGUUCUACAGCACCAAAUGAAAAACUUGGGGAUAUUUGCUGACAGGUAG